AUGACUAUGGCAGAAUAUUCGCGUCCGAACAGGAUUCCAAUGAAUCAGGUACUUUUUAUUGGUGAUCACUUUCCUGUACUUUUUAUACAUUAUAUAUAUAUACAUAUAUAUGUGUAUAUGCUGUAUAUGCACACAUAUAUAUAUAUACAAAAUUAUCGAAUCUGUUCUUGUGUCUAA